UUUUCACAAUAUAUUUUUAAAAGGCAUGAUUUUGCAAGAAACGAUAUUUUUUUCGAUAAAAAAAAUUAAAUCUAAGAUAUAAAAGCAGAAGGUUCCAGAAGAGAACAUCAGUCUCAAAUCUUGUCUCAAGCACAGUUUUUUGAUAUAAAUAAAAUAUUAAUUAUAUUAUUUCUAGAUAUAUCAUUAAAGAUGACGUUAUUUCUAUAUUUAUUUGCUAUAAUUGCUACUUCUCAGGCACUUACUGAUAAAGAUGAAUGGAUCAAUUUCAAAGCAAAGCACGGAAAAAUCUACAAAAGUUCUAUAGAAGAAAUUCAACGCUUUUCAAUUUUCCAGUCCAACUUACGCAGAAUUGAAUCACAUAAUACAAAGGAAGAACAAGGCUUUUCUUCUUUUAGAAUGGGUGUGACCAAAUUUGCAGAUCUCACUCGUCAUGAGUUCAAAGACAUGAUGAAGUUAUCGAAGCGUCAAAAGCCAAAAAGUUAUGGAAGCAUUAGAAAAUUCGACGAUACAAGAGAUAUUCCAGCUGAGGUAGAUUGGAGCAAGAAAGGAGCAGUUACCGAAAUCAAAGAUCAAGGACAAUGUGGGUCAUGUUGGUCUUUCAGUGCAACUGGCACAAUAGAAGGAGCCAACUUUAUCAAAACUGGUAAACUAAUUUCAUUAAGUGAACAAAAUCUGGUAGACUGUGAUUCUGAUUGCUACGGUUGUGGAGGAGGAUAUAUGAUUGAUGCACUAAAAUACGUACAGAAAAAUGGAAUUAUGGCCGAAGAUAAAUAUCCAUAUAAAGCAGAAGACGAGAAAUGCCGUUUUAAUUCCUCUGAGGUGGCUGUUAAAAUUUCGUCUUUUACUCAAAUAAAAUCUGGCGAUGAAAACGAUCUUCAACAGAAAGUUGCUUUAGUUGGACCUGUUUCUGUUGCUAUAGAUGCAUCUUGGAAUUUCCAAUUGUACUCAUCAGGUGUUCUCGAUGAUGAUUCUUGCGAAAAUUCAGAAGAAUCGUUAGAUCACGGCGUUUUGGCUGUUGGAUACGGAACUAAACAUGGUCAAGAUUAUUGGAUUGUUAAAAAUUCUUGGGGUGAAGAUUGGGGAAUUAAAGGCUACGUCUGGAUGUCAAGAAAUAAAAACAAUCAAUGUGGAAUUGCUACUGAUGCUGUCAUAGCCAUUGCGUAAAAUGUUGUUUAAAUUUUUUUUUCUAACUGUAUCAUAGUUAAUUUUAAUUUUUAGAUCACUCUGACUUCUGUCAGUUUAUUGUUUAAAACCAUUUAAUAAAUUUUAAAAAUUAAAAUAUUUUUUACUUGUUCAAUGAAAAUUAUGUACCUACUUAUUAAUCUAAAUAAAAUAAUUCGGCUAUAGUCAUUGGUUACUUUAGGGACUUUUUGUGGAUCACAUGUUAUCAUAGCAGAUAUUUUUUCCCAUCCGCAAAUAAAUAUGACUUUAUUUAGAUAUUUUAUCAUAUAAUUUUAAAUAAAAAUUACUAUUUAUACUAUUGUGGCAAUUAUUAUGAAUUGUUAUCCAUUUAUGCCGUUUACCAAGACUAAAUUAUCUCUUGGUUAUUUUUAUUAUUUGAAACUACCCGUUUCUCUUAAAAAUUGUUAUGAGUCUUCUUACCAGACCUAUUAAUUGCAAAAGUAGCUUUUAUACAUUUAAUACCACUAGGAUUAUUUAAAAUUAAUUAUAACAGCAGUCAAAUGAAGACAAAGAACCUGUUCUAUUUUAGUAAUAGUUGUUAAUUUUAAAAGAG